GUCCCUGAUACGCAUUUUCGGUCCUGUAAUUAUUAAAGCCGCACUUGAAUUAUGGCGGUUAACUGGAGAACACAGACUAAUUUGAUAUAAUACCCUGGUAGUCCGACUUGCUACUCAAGAACUUUGGGCGAAGGAUACCUCCACCGAGAGCGACAAGAGAGGAUUUCAGCAAAGCGAUGAGCCAAGGUGAGCCUGAGGUCAGGGAACACGAGCCAAUGCCCAAGGGAUAUAGAUUCGUCCCCAAAGGCAACGUCUACAUCACCAAGAACUGCCGCAAGAAAACACACGAGGCAGGCAAGACUUUGUACGUCGUUGUGGAUAAACGAGGAAAGCCGAUGGGCCUCCGAUGUCCCGCAUACAUCCACAACCUCGUCAUGAGCGAGAACAAGGCAACUGCCUCACAGCGAGCCAAGCUGGUUCAGAAGCGCGACGCCGCCAUCCGAGAGAGUUUUGAGAAGGUCCUGCUCGACCUCUUUCCAAGGAUCCCAAAGGAAGACCUUUCGCAAAUCCUCGACCACUCGCUGAAGAAGCACAGUCGGCGUGUAGGAAGGACCGGCAAGGUAGCUCUGCAGGACAGGGUAAAACUCGCCGUGCGGGCACACAUCCGGCAUGCCCAUACGGAAUAUGACCAGCUUCUAAGGCAGGGCGUACGCCGGCAGGCUGCGCGAGAGCAGAUAUGGGGAAAACUGAACGAAGUUGCGAGGCGCUGGGGUGGUCGGUCAGUCAAGCCCGUCGCAACGACACCCGUUGGGGACAGGCGGACCAAAAGGGGCAAAAAGGCAGCACACCACCGAGAGACACUGGGGCCCAAAUUUGUUGCCAAGACUGCUGCAGUCCGUAGCGGUCGAGUAUCGACUCGCUUUACAGGUCAGGAGGCACCAUACCCGACUGUGCCUCUUUCCGGGCCUCGGACGCGCGCGAAAACCACCCGCCUGCGCUCUCCGAACUUGGCGAGAGAACGGCCGACACCAGAGGACAGCGACACUUGUACGAUAGACGGGUUUGAUGCUGAUGUCGACGGAUACUUCGAGGAUGUCGACGCACAGGAUGCCGUGUUCACGGUUGACGAGGAAACGAGCGAUGACGAAAGCGAUGACAGCGGAUGGAGCUGGAGCGACGUCGAUCUCUAGGACAGCACUAACACGCGGUACGUACUAUGUUUUGGAGCCUCGGCAGCGUCUGAUCAACGCUGGCGGAGAUGGGGAGGGGUGCAACGGUUUCACGAGGUUGUUUCCCGGGGGAUAACAGUUUCUGUACGAUGACGCCCAAAGGUUUUGAUGGGCUGACCAAUGGCUUGACUGUCACUAAGAAGGAGGGGAGUAUUGAGUGUGGAACUCGGUACCGUUUGCUGGAUGGUGCUCUGGGCGUGAUGUGUUGGGUUUAUCCCUUGUGCUCCAUUUGUUUCUCGGUGCAUUUGAAGCCCCGAGGGCCAGGGGUCAAGUUUAGGGCAGGAUCCUCAAUAGAAGCCGAGAUUGUUGGAUUUGACUUUAGUUAAUGCCUGCCCGGGAUAUCGUUG